UAUUCAAUUUAUCGCGGCUGAGAAUUUUUUUAGAAUAAAAAUUAAAAGGCUCAAGAUUUUUUUUUUAAUACUUUUGUGGGAAUCAAGAUAUAGAAAUCUCAACCAAUAACGGCAAGGUCAGGUUGGAUCAUAUCUAUUUUACCGGGAUUCAGAUUUGGAUUAUCGAGUGAAGUCUUUUUUUUUUUUUCCCGUCUGCUCGAAGUCUUUCACCUAAAACCAGUGGAGUUCGCCGAGAUAUCACGAUUGUGCUGCCUGAUCGCAUCGAAACCUCAGCAUAGUUAUUCUUUGAUGGAUAAGAUUGCAGCGUCGAACGGUCCUUGAUCGAUGAGUUUGGACCCUGUACCCCCUUGCUCGCUCGAUAGCUGAGCUCUGCUCUCCGACCGCCCUCAUCUCCUCCCGGGUCUCUCCGCUGGAAUCCACGCGCAUUCCAUGGCUUCGCCGUCUCUCCUAAACCCAGCUCUCGCUCUCCACCCCUCGCCUUCCCCUUUCCGCCUGCCGAAACCCCACGCCACUCCCAUCUCCUGCGGCCCCCGCGACAACCGCGGCCCGCUCCGCCGCGGCCGGACCCUCAGCACCGAGGCCAUCCUUGCUAUCCAGGCCCUCAAGCGCACUCGUGGCGACGAGCCCAAGGUCGAACACAUCGUCUCCACCACCCUCAGCCGACUCAUCAAGGCCGACCUCCUCGCAGCCCUCGCCGAGCUCCAACGCCAGGACCAGUGGCGCCUCGCCCUCACCGUCUUCGCUGCCGCCCGCCGCGAGCCCUGGUACAAGCCCGACUUCUCCCUUUACGCGGCGAUGGUCUCCACCCUGGCGAGGUGCGGGGUGGCUGAGGAGAUCGAUAUCUUGGUGUCGAAUUUGUUUAAGGAGAAGGAGAUGGAGGGAGGGAUCUCGUCGGAGGACAUGCGGGGGCUCGUCCAGCUCUCAAAGGCAUUGGUUGCCGCUGGGAGGGGGAAGGUUUUGAGGGAAGUUUAUAGGGAGAUAAAGAGAGGGGGUUGGGAUCCCGAUGAAUACUUGUUUAAGCUUAUGAUCAGAGGGUUGAGGAGAUUAGGAGAAGGGGAGGCUGCCGACGAGGUGGAGAAGGAUUACAAGAUAUGGUUCGAGGGUGGGGCAAUCUCCGAGCCACUACCUGUUUGAUGAAAUGUUUCGCCUAACUGUAAAGAUUGCUGCCUUGACUUCCUUCUAAUAAAUCCCCAACCCUAGUGCUCUUUCUUCCUGGUGUAUGAUUCAGUAGGGGACUCUAGCUCAGAGAUCAGUUGGUUGAGUAGGCUGUGGCUGUGUAUCUAUCUAUCUAUAUAUGAGUGUUCCGGUUUCCUUCGAUUCUGGUGCUUCCAUGGAGCAUCCUAAAGGGAUGUUGCAUAUUGACCCUACGUCCUAUUCUGGUGCACACAAUCUAGUAAGAAUCCCUCGUUCCUGGGAGCUCAACCUCCAGGAGAAAGGUUCCCUGUGAAGUAGGUGGUUGUCAUAUCUAGCAUUCCAGCUGUUACUCACCCAGGAGAUUGUAUAUUAGCAGUUGAGAAGCAAAGUCACAAAAAUUUUUGGGAUAAGAAGCUGCAAUUCUCUCUUCAGGGGACAGGAUUAUGGGAUGCUAUCUUGCUCCUUUGUCACUAAAUUAAGCUAGGAUAUGGAGGUGUUUUGGGGGGAGUUCAUCUUCGUUCUCCAUCUUUUACCAUCCUUCCAAUUCUUGAUUCUGUGAAGAAAGCUGAAGGCCUUGUUUAACGCACGAGCUGUUUGUAAAACCUUCAUCUUUUUCCAGCAAGUUCGUUAUUUCAUCAUCACGAGGUGCAAAUGGAUUUGAACUAUGGUAUAUGGCAGUAUAUUUAUAUGGUAGGAAACCAAGCAACAACGGUGGGAAAAAUCAACAAUGUCUGUGAACAUCAGUGAGGAUUGCUGGCAAUGUUUAAUGGUAGUACCGGUCAUAGAGAGACGGCGGGCCGUGAUGGGUGGUGGUGGAUGGUGAGAAAUAAGAGCGUUCUCUCUCUUAAUUUCUUUUCUCAAACAAUCUGUGUACUACAUUUUAUAUAUGUCGUAUAUUUUUAUCACUCUUUCUAUUCAAUAAAAUGAGACUGCAACAGGUUUUUGGGUCAAAAAA